AUGUUCAAACUUUUUUUGAAUCUCACGUUAGUGCACUUCGUCCUAGCUUUAGGAGGACGAAGUCAAAAAAUCACUAAGCAUGCUGCCAACUCGGGCAAAUUUGGCUACACUGGAUGUCCUUCAAACAAUGAUUUUUAUUAUGAAGGUGUAAUUACAUCGCCUCUGUAUCCAAAUCCUUAUCCGCCAAGCACUGAAUGCUACUAUUACAUGACGGCUGCACCAGGAAAAGUCCUCAGCUUCAACUUCACCCACUAUGAUUUGGAGACAUGCUGUGAUUAUGUGACAAUUUAUGAUGGAAAUGGAAUAAAGAGCCCCAAGCUUGUGCAAUUUGGUGGCCAAGGAGCAUCAAUACUAACUCCCAGUGGUAUUUACACAACUACGCAACGAAAUGCCCUUGUUACAUUUCAAUCCGACAAAAUUAUUCAGCAAAGUGGAUUUGAAUGCCGAUACGAUUCAGUGCACACUGCAACGCCAUGCAAUCGGGAUAUUAUCCUAAUGCUUAGCGGACUAUCAACUGUUGGUUCUCAAGACAAUUUUGUAAAGCAGCUAAACUUCGUCGCUAAUGUUCUCACUCCAACUUGGACCGUUGCUUCGGACAAAAUCCGUGUCGUGAUUAACCUUAUCGUCGAUGCCGAUUAUGCUGUAGUCUGGACUGCAGACGAUUUGGCGGAUAAUCAGAAACUUACGCAGGCGAUUCUUGGCAUGACUGAGGAUGUCCCAGACGUUAGUCAGAAUAACAAUACUGACAUUACGAGUGUUUUCAAAUACGCUCAAGGAGCCGUCAGCUUCGAUACGGGCGAAGACAAAGAGCGAAAUGGUAUAAGCAAAGUUGUCAUCGCAUUUGUACCGCAGAAUCCGAACAAUGAUCAAGAUUUCUAUGAAGCUAAAGAAUUUGCACAUAAUAUACACGCUACAGAUAAUAGCAAGGUGAUCGUGGUGGCAAUGGGAAAAAACCUCGAUGUUGCUCGACUCAGCCAACUUAGCUACGGAAGUCAAUUCACUUUUUCUGCUGACUACGACAACCUGGGAAGCUUGGUUCCAGUCAUAAAUAAGGCCAUCUGUGCCGAUCCGUUGAAUACUUGCGGUGCAUGA